UAAUUACCUAACCCUCCUUGUCUUGUCUUGUCUUGUCUUGUCUUCAAGGUUGUCUUGUCCUCUUCCACAUCAUCCCUCCAAGUUCUUCUCUCAUCCCACUUCGUCCCAUUCAACUUUGUUCCCUUCAUCACCCUGUCUGUCUAUCCUAAGUCUUGGGAGUUUAUUCAUUCGCUUCGUAUAAUACCGAAUAGGAUCGGGACCUCCAUACAUUCAAACAGUGACACUAAAGACGAACUAGAAAGAGACGUCACUCGAAAUAUAUUAACUCGUGGUGUUGUGCUACCUCGUUCACAUUAUAUUCACAGACUAUUCGCAUUAUACCCAUUAUACCUGGUCUUGGUUGAGCCAGUCUUGUUGACGGACUGUUACAUACUACAAGCCAUCUUCGGCCCUUUUAUUUCCUCUUUGUAACUCGAGUAGCCCGACCGCCUCCUCGGCAAACUACACCACGAACACGCAUACUCACGCAUACACCCACAGGCUUGCUGCGCAAUCUGUGCUUUGUGGUCUAUAGCCUGUCUGUUGUCCCAAAAGUCGGACUUGCACAAAAUGCCCGACCACGAGAAUGCCGCUCAGACCUCUGAGCCGGUGGCCCACAAUGCCCCAACUGCAGCAUCUUUAGAUGCCGCUGUUGGCACCCCUCCGACCUCCGCACCGACGCUCAUCCCCCUCAUGUCCUCAUCUCCCGCCCCUCUUCGACCCGCGCUCGCAGGCGGCAGGCCGAGUGGCGGACGAACCCCGAGAUUAGGCCUAGCUAUCCCCCCAUCUCCUAAUGUCAAACCCGUAGGCAACGCUGCCGUAAGUGGUCCGCCGCGCCCGCAACUCACCGUACACGUUGCCACACCGAUGGGUAGCACAGUCACACCGUACGAGCAGCCUAGACCGAGCAUUCAAGCAGGACAGUCAGCGAGCGGCGGUAGCGAAAGCAGCGCAGCGCACUCCCGAUCAGGCAGUUUUGGUCCUUUCGACGGAAGGGCUAGCAACCCCACCUCUGCCGGCUCCCAGUUCUCUGCUCUCUCAUUUGCGUCGCAAUAUGGCAUCGCUGGCUCGAGGCCACAAGGCACUCCAGACCCUAUAUCUGCCGUUGGCUCUAUAUAUUCUGAAAGAAGUGAGGGUGGCCAUGGAAUGGAACGGGAUGGUAGCACACAAGGACUAGAGGAGAGCUUCGAUAAGCUCACAUUAGAGAAAGCCAGAACGGCUGAUGUAGAGGAACUCGAUGAUAACGGGUGGAGGAUCGCCAGCUCAGAAAACAGACUUAUUGAGCUAGGUAGCUUAGGUGAAGGUGCCGGUGGUGCCGUCACGCGCUGUAAACUGAAGGGGGGGAAGACAGUAUUUGCGCUCAAGGUCAUCACUACCAACCCAGACCCGGAUGUCAAGAAACAAAUAUUCCGUGAAAUCAACUUCAACAAGGAAUGUGCGUCAGAACAUAUCUGUCGGUAUUACGGAAUUUUCGGCGACCCUGCCACGGCCACCAUCUCCAUUGCUAUGGAAUUUUGCGAAGGCGGCUCUCUAGACAGCAUCUACAAGGAGGUGAAACGGCUUGGUGGCCGAACAGGCGAGAAGGUGCUUGGCAAGAUCGCCGAGGGCGUACUCCGAGGCCUGACCUACCUUCACAGCAAGAAAAUUAUCCACCGAGAUAUCAAGCCGUCCAAUAUCCUACUAUGCCGGAAUGGGGAGGUCAAGUUGUGUGACUUUGGUGUCUCGGGUGACUUCGGCACCAAGGGCGAAGCGAAUACGUUCAUUGGUACGAGCUAUUACAUGGCCCCUGAACGUAUUACUGGCCAAAGUUAUACCAUCACGUCGGAUGUCUGGUCUACCGGGGUCACUCUUCUCGAAGUAGCUCAACACCGAUUCCCAUUCCCUGCCGACGGAACGGUCGAUCAACCCAGGGCUGGGUUAAUCGAUCUAUUGACUUAUGUCGUUCGGCAACCGAUACCAAAGUUGAAGGAUGAGCCAGAUGCUAAUAUCUUCUGGAGUGACAGCUUCAAAUAUUUCAUCGAAUGCUGUCUCGAGAAAGAACCAAGCCGCCGUGCAAGUCCAUGGAGAAUGCUCGAGCAUCCUUGGAUGGUGGAGAUGCGAACAAAGCGAGUCAACAUGGAGAGAUACCUCUCGCAGGUAUGGGGCUGGGAUGAUACAGAGGCGAAGUCAUGAAUUGACCACACGAAGCUAUCUUCGAUUAGCUCAACCCACCACAAAACAACUAAGUAACAUAUAGAACCAGCACUUAGAACUACCACGACACCCAGAACAGAACAACUCUCAUCUAUAUACUUCCAAUA